GAGCGGCCCCCGGCUUAUUCCACUUGCGAGAAGCACCAAGCCGAGCCCGCCACCAGCGCCGCUGAGGGAUGCUGCGCUCCACGUCCACAGUCACCCUGCUCUCGAGCGGCGGCUCCAGCGCGCCCGGGGCGCCCAACAGGAGGGCAAAUGUCUGCAGACUACGGCUGACCGUACCUCCUGAAAGUCCAGUGUCUGAGUCAAGUGAAAAGAAGGUGGAAAGAAGAGAGAAGUAUCGUGACCUGAGCAAUGGUGAACCCACCACAAAACUCCCUCAGGGUGUGGUCUAUGGUGUGGUGCGAAGAUCAGAUCAAAACCAGCAGAAAGAAAUGGUGGUGUAUGGGUGGACCACCAAUCAGCUGAAAGAAGAGAUGAACUACAUCAAAGACGUAAGAGCCACUUUGGAAAAUGUAAGGAAGCGAAUGUACGGAGACUAUGAUGAAAUGAGACAGAAGAUUCGACAGCUCACCCAGGAACUGUCAGUUUCACAGGCUCAGCAGGAUUAUCAGGAGAAUUACAUCCAAACCCAGUCGUCAGCCCUGGACAGUUUUAAUACCAUGAACUCGGCUUUGGUGUCGGACUCCAUCAGCCUGCAGAAAACCCUUGUGGACGUUACUUUGGAGAAUAGCAACGUUAAGGCUCAAGUCAGAAAUCUGCAGCAGACAUAUGAAGCCUCCAUGGACAAGCUGCGGGAAAAGCAGAGGCAGUUAGAGGUAGCACAGGUGGAAAACCAGCUGCUGAAAAUGAAGGUGGAAUCCUCCCAAGAAGCCAACGCAGAGGUGAUGAGGGAGAUGACCAGGAAGCUGUACAGCCAGUACGAAGAAAGGCUGCAUGAAGAGCAGCAGAGGCACAGUGCCGAGAAAGAGGCGCUCCUGGAAGAAACCAAUAGUUUUCUGAAAGCCAUUGAAGAAGCUAAUAAAAAGAUGCAAGCGGCGGAGAUCAGCCUAGAGGAGAAGGACCAGAGGAUCGGGGAGCUGGACAGGCUGAUAGAGCGCAUGGAGAAGGAACGCCAUCAACUUCAACUCCAGCUCCUGGAGCAUGAAACAGAAAUGUCAACGGAAAUUACCAAUUCUGACAAAGAAAGGUAUCAGCGGCUGGAGGAGGCAUCGGCCAGCCUCCGGGAGCGGAUCCGACACCUAGAUGACAUGGUGCAUUGCCAGCAGAAGAAAGUCAAGCAGAUGGUUGAGGAGAUUGAAUCACUAAAGAAAAAGGUGCAGCAGAAACAGCUCUUAAUAUUGCAGCUUUUAGAAAAGAUAUCGUUCUUAGAAGGAGAGAAUAAUGAACUACAAAGCAGGUUGGACUAUUUAAUAGAAACCCAGCCCAAGACUGAAGUGGAAACCAGAGAGGUUGGAGUGGACUGUGAUCUUCUACCCAGAAAAUUCAUUUGCAAAUUGCCCGACAAAGGUAAAAAGAUCUUAGACUCCGUCGCCAAACUGAAAGCUGCCAUUGCAGAACGUGAAGAAGUUAGAGGAAGAAGUGAACUCUUUCAUCCCGUUAGUUUAGACGGUAAGGCGAGGCAAAAAGCGAUUACAGUUGAUGGGGACACAGAUAAGGCCCAGAAUUCUGACCAGAUACUUGAUACUUCAUCACCAGUUCCUGGCUGUUCCUCUGUAGCUAACAUCACAUCAACUCAGACAACCUCACAACAACAGGGACUGGCACAUCUGACUCUCAGAGGCGAUGCUGAGUCCCCUGAGGCUGAGCACACAGUGAGUGAACGCCCAGCUUCCAGCAUCAGGACUGCCAUGCCUUCCUCAUCUGCAGCUAGUAAGCCCCUCACUCAGCAUCGUGUUUCACGUCAAGCGGAGGAUCAUUCUAGCAGCUUGGACAACUUGUUUAUUGAUAGAUUACAAAGGAUCACCAUUGCAGACCCCAUUGAGCACCACUCAGAAGAAAACCAGAGUCCUGAGAACUUGGCCGGCCUUUGGAGUGGGCUGCAGAAGAAGCCUCAUUACAUGGAAGUGCUAGAAAUGCGAGCCAAAAACCCCAUGCCCCUACAGCAUAAAUUUAAAACCAAUGUAUUACCUUCACAUCAAUGUGAUUCGUUGAGUCGUUGUCAGAGGAGGGGGUCUCCUGUCUCCUCAGAAGAGAGACGGCACAGGGACAGGAAGCAUCUCGAUGACAUCACAGCAGCCCGGCUUCUGCCACUCCACCACAUGCCUACACAGCUUCUCUCCAUAGAAGAGUCGCUGGCACUUCAGAAACAGCAGAAACAGAGUUAUGAGGAGAUGCAAGCCAAGCUCGCAGCACAAAAAUUAGCUGAAAGACUGAAUACUAAAAUGCAGAGCUAUAAUCCAGAAGGGGAGUCUUUGAGGAAAUACCAAGAAGUAAGGGAUGAAGGUGAUGAUCAGUCCUCCGAUGAUGAAUUCUGAAGAUGGGCAUUUGGAUCUUCUAAAUCUCUGCCUGUUGAGAUCUCGUUAUCUUACAUCAGACUUUGUAACAAGUAUCAAGAUCAGUGUCAGACAUUGUUGAGAGAAAGAAUUUUGUCAAGUUACAACAAGGAAGCUAUAAAAAUAGCCCACUUUCAGAAGUUAACUUUCAUGUGCUUGAAAAGUUUAAUAUUUGAAUAUUGUGUUUAAUCACAUUAUAUUAAACUUUUGCAGUAUUUCGUGUGUUGGUCUGAUAUUUUAGUAGAUAGUAGAGCACAUUUUUUUCUCUAAGCCAAAUGAAAGCAGGUGAUUAACUGCUUUUUUCUUUAUACUUACCUCUACCAAAUAGCAUUUAUUACAUAUCUUUCAGUGAAUUAUUUAGUUGUCCCAGGCAUCACCUAAAAUGAAUUACGAGAAUAUAGUUCUCUCCUUUUUUGAGUAAUGAAGGGAGCAAUCUAGAGAAUUUUGUGCAUGUUGCAUGGGGCUGUUACAGGAUUGGAUGUGAAAUACGAAGGAAGACACUCAGAGAAAAUGCUUAAAAUGUUUGUUUCCUUCUGUCUUCCCUUAGGAAAAAUGUUUUCUUUCUUCUGAUUAGGAAUAAGGGGUACUUUUAGUUGAUGCUGGAGGGUGGAUGGUCUUUCUAGGUGACCAGAUUUGUCUGGAGUAACAUGAGGAACAGGAAAAGUCUAAGAUGAUUGAUGUACGUUAAGGGAGUAGCUGUUCAUAGGCCUGGCCUGACUUGACUUCAUUGUUCUAACGAUAGGUUCAGUUGGAUAAGAAAACCAAAAAUAUUUUUAAAGCUACCAUUGGUUUGUUAUCAAUAUAUUCCUUUUUUCCCUCCCAAAAGAGGCUUAUGUACACUCCAGAAACCUCAAUCUCAUAUAUAUAUGUAAUUUUAAAGGACUAUGGUUGUCUCCAGAGAAAUUAACACAUAUGUUAUCAAAGUUUUCUUUGUCUAAUAUGUUGGCACCUUUAAACAGUGUUGAAGGAAUAAAAUAUUAAUUAGAGCAACUUCAAAAUGCUAAUAGUGAUGUUUUACUGGUGCUUAAUUAAAUGUAACUUAACUUUAAAGGAGACUUCAUUUAUGAAAUUUGAUCGAGAACACAUUUAGGCAGAUGUACGUGUGAUAGGAAGGGCUCAGUUCUAUGUCAUGUCCUUCCAGGAACAGCUACUGCUUUCCAUCUCCCUUUUGCCCUCCUCCCAACAAAAAGCAAAUGUAGAAAUAUGCUGAGCAAACAAUUCCAUUAAUUUAGUUUUUAAAACUAAUUGUAAAUGAUUUCACAUCCUAAAGUUAUUUAAUGCUCCUUCUUUAUAGAAUGAAUACAUGUUAUUUCUGGAAAGCUGGAUCAUGGGAGGGCUCACAUGCACAUGCACAUACACACAGUCCCCCUGUAGUCCUACCACCGAGAGGGGGCCUCUGUUAACAUUUGGGUACGUGUACAUAUGCAUACCUUUCUAUGCAUAGGUAUACAUUUCUAUUUUCAAUAAUACAAUCAUACACUGGUUAACAGUCUGCUCUAUACACUGUAAACAUUUUCACGUACUAAAUAUUUUGCAUUUUAGAUAGCUGCAGAAUAUUCCAUUUUAUGGGUGUACCAUAACUUAAAAUCAACUUGUUGAUAAGUGAGGAAAACUGAGGUAUAGCAGUAGGUUUCCACAUCUAGCAAGGGAAGGAAUCGGGCCUCAAACUCAAGCUGUCAUCCAACCCCAAAGCCAAUGCUCUUCACCAAUGACUGUUUAUCCUGAGAACAACCCCCAGAAGACAAAAUGAUAUUAACAAACUGACUGGAGAGGAACCGAGAUGGCGGAGUAGAAGGACAUGCUCUCACUCCCUCUUGUGGGAACACCAGAAUCACAACUAGCUGCUGGACAAUCAUCGACAGGAAGACACUGGAACUCACCAAAAGAGAAAGCCCACAUCCAAAGACAAAGGAGAAGCCACAAUGAGACGGUAGGAGGGGCACAAUCACAGUAGAAUCAAAUCCCAUAACUGCUGGGUGGGUGACUCACAGACGAGAACACUUAAACCACAGAAGUCCACCCAUUGGAGUGAAGGUGCUGAGCCCCGCGUCAGGCUUCCCAACCUGGGGGUCCGGCAACAGGAGGAGGAAUUCCUACAGAAUCAGACUUUGAAGCCUAGUGGGAAUUGAUUGCAGGACUUUGACAGGACUGGGGGAAACAGAGACUCCACUCUUGGAGGGCACACACAAAGUAGUGUGCACACUGGGACCCAGGGGAAGGAGCAGUGACCCCAGGGGAGACUGAACCAGACCUACCUGCUAGUGUUGGAGGGUCUCCUGCAGAGGCGGGGGGUGGCUGUGGCUCACCGUGGGGACAAGGACACUGGCAGCAGAAGUCCUGGGAAGUACUCCAUGGUGUGAGCCCUCCCAGAGUCUGCCAUUAACCCCACCAAAGAGCCCAGGUAGGCUCUAGUGUUGGGUUGCCUCAGGCCAAACAACCAACAGGGAGGGAACCCAGCCCCACCCAUCAACAGUCAAGUGGAUUAAAGUUUUAUUGAGCUCUGCCCACCAGAGCAACAUUCAGCUCUACCCACCACCAGUCCCUCCCAUCAAGCCUCUUAGAUAGCCUCAUCCACCAGAGAGCAGAAGCAAGAAGAACUAAAAUCCUGCAGCCUGUGGAACAAAAACCACAUUCACAGAAAGACAGACAAGAUGAAAAGGCAGAGGGCUAUGUAUCAGAUGAAGGAACAAGAUAAAACCCCAGAAAAACAACUAAAUGAAGUGGAGAUAGGCAACCUUCCAGAAAAAGAAUUCAGAAUAAUAUAAGUGAAGGUGAUCCAGGACCUCAGAAAAAGAAUGGAGGCAAAGAUGGAGAAGAUGCAAGAAAUGUUUAACAAAGACGUAGAAGAAUUAAAGAACAAACAAACAGAGAUGAACAAUACAAUAACUGAAAUGAAAAGUACACUAGAAGGAAUCAAUAGCAGAAUAACAGGCAGAAGAACGGAUAAGUUACCUGGAAGACAGAAUGGUGGAAUUCACUACCAUGGAACAGAAUAAAGAAAAAAGAAUGAAAAGAAAUGAAGACAGCCUAAGAGACCUCUGGGACAACAUUAAAUGCAACAACAUUCACAUUAUAGGUGUCCCAGAAGGAGAAGAGAGAAAGGACUAGAGAAAAUAUUUGAAGAGAUUAUAGUUGAAAACUUCCCUAACAUGGUAAAGGAAAUAGCCACCCAAAUCCAGGAAACACAGAGAGUCCCAGGCAGGAUAAACCCAAGGAGAAACAUGCCGAGACACACAGUUAUCAAAUUGGCAAAAAUUAAAGACAAAGAAAAUUAUUGAAAGCAGCAAGGGAAAAACGAAAAAUAACAUACAAGGGAACUCCCAUAAGGUUAACAGCUGAUUUCUCAGCAGAAACUCUACAAGUCAGAAGGGAGUGGUAUGAUAUACUUAAAGUGAUGAAAGGGAAGAACCUACAACAAGAUUACUGUACCCAGCAAGGAUCUCAUUCAGAUUCAACGGAGAAAUCAAAAUCUUUACAGACAAGCAAAAGCUAAGAGAAUUCAGCACCACCAAACCAGCUCUACAACAAAUGCUAAAGGAACUUCUCUAAGUGGGAAACACAAGACAAGAAAAGGAUCUACAAAAACAAACCCAAAACAAUUAAGAAAAUGGUCAUAGGAACAUACAUAUUGAUAAUUACCUUAAAUGUGAAUGGAUUAAAUGCUCAAACCAAAAGACACAGGCUUGCUGAAUGGAUACAAAAACAAGACCCAUCUAUAUGCUGCCUACAAGAGACCCACUUCAGACCUAGGGACACAUACAGACUGAAAGUGAGAGGUUGGAAAAAGAUAUUCCAUGCAAAUGGAAAUCAAAAGAAAGCUGGAGUAGCUAUACUCAUAUCAGAUAAAAUAGACUUUAAAAUAAAGAAUGUUACAAGAGACAAGGAAGGACACUACAUAAUGAAAAAGGGAUCAAUCCAAGAAGAUAUAACAGUUAUAAAUAUAUAUGCACCCACCAUAGGAGCACCUCAAUACAUAAGGCAAAUGCUAACAGCCAUAAAAGAGGAACUCAACAGUAACACAAUAAUAUUGGGGGACUUUAACACCUCACACCAAUGGACAGAUCAUCCAAAAUGAAAAUAAAUAAGGAAACAGAAGCUUUAAAUGACACAACAGACCAGAUAGAUUUAAUUGAUAUUUAUAGGACAUUCCAUUCAAAAACAGAAGAUUACACUUUCUUCUCAAGUGGGCACGGAACAUUCUCCAGGAUAGAUCACAUCUCGGGUCACAAAUCAAGCCUUAGUAAAUUUAAGAAAAUUGAAAUCAUAUCAAGCAUCUUUUCUGACCACAACACUAUGAGAUUAGAAAUGAAAUACAGGGAAAAAAUGUAAAAAACACAAACACAUGGAGGCUAAACAACACGUUACUAAAUAACCAAAUCACUGAAGAAAUCAAAGAGGAAAUCAACAAAUACCUAGAGACAAAUGACAAUGAAAACACGAUGAUCCAUAACCUAUGGGAUGCAGCAAAAGCAGUUCUAAGAGGGAAGUUUAUAGCUAUACAAGCCUAACUCAAAAAACAAGAAAAAUCUCAAGCAAACAAUCUAACCUUACACCUAAAGGAACUAGAGAAAGAAGAACAAACAAAACCCAAAGUUGGCAGAAGGAAAGAAAUCAUAAAGAUCGGAGCAGAAAUAAAUGAAAUAGAAACAAAGAAAACAAUAGCAAAGAUCAAUAAAACUAAAAGCUGGUUCUUUGAGAAGAUAAACAAAAUUGGUAAACCAUUAGCCAGACUGAUCAAGAAAAAGAGGGAGAGGACUCAAAUCAAUAAAAUUAGAAAUGAAAAAGGAGAAGUUACAACAGACACCACAGAAAUACAAAGCAUCCUAGGAGACUACUACAAGCAACUCUAUGCCAAUGCCAAUAAAAUGGACAACCUGGAAGAAAUGGACAAAUUCUUAGAAAGAUAUAACCUUCCAAGGCUGAACCAGGAAGAAACAGAAAAUAUGAACAGACCAAUCACAAGUAAUGAAAUUGAAACUGUGAUUAAAAAUCUUCCAACAAACAAAAGUCCAGGACCAGAUGGCUUCACAGGUGAAUUCUAUCAAACAUUGAGAGAAGAGCUAACACCCAUCCUUCUCAAACUCUUCCAAAAAAUUGCAGAGGAAAGAACACUCCCAAACUCAUUCUAUGAGGCCACCAUCACCCUGAUACCAAAACCAGACAGAUACUACACACACAAAAAAAAGAAAAUUACAGACCUAUAUCACUGAUGAAUAUAGAUGCAAAAAUCCUCAACAAAAUUCUAGCAAACAGAAUCCAACAACAAAUUAAAACGAUCAUACACCAAGAUCAAGUGGGAUUUAUCCCAGGGAUGCAAGGAUUCUUCAAUAUAUGCAAGUCAAUCAAUGUGAUACACCAUAUUAACAAAUUGAAGAAUAAAAACCAUAUGAUCAUCUCAAUAGAUGCAGAAAAAGCUUUUGAAAAAAUUCAACACCCAUUUAUGAUAAAAACUCUGCAGAAAGUGGGCAUAGAGGGAACCUACCUCAACAUAAAAAAGGCCCUAUACGACAAAGCCACAGCAAACAUCAUUCUCAAUGGUGAAAAACUGAAAGCAUUUCCUCUAAGAUCAGGAAUGAGACAAGGAUGUCCACUCUCACCACUAAUAUUCAACAUAGUUGUGGAAGUCCUAGCCAUGGCUAUCAGAGAAGAAAAAGAAAUAAAAGGAAUACAAACUGGAAAAGAAGAAGUAAAACUGUCACUGUCUGCAGAUGACAUGAUACUAUACAUACAGAAUCCUAAAAAUCGCACCAGAAAACUACUAGAGCUAAUCAAUGAAUCUGGUAAAGUUGCAGGAUACAAAAUUAAUGCAUAGAAAUCUCUUGCAUUCCUAUACACUAAUGAUGAAAAAUCUGAAAGAGAAAUUAUGGAAAUACUCCCAUUUGCCAUUGCAACAAAAAGAAUAAAAUACCUAGGAAUAAACCUACCUAGGGAGACAAAAGACCUGUAUGCAGAAAACUGUAAGACACUGAUGAAAGAAAUUAAAGAUGAUACCAACAGAUGGAGAGAUAUACCAUGUUCUUGGAUUGCAAAAAUCAAUAUUGUGAAAAUGACUGUACUAUUGAAAGCAGUCUACAGAUUCAAUGCAAUCCCUAUCAAAUUACCAAUGGCAUUUUUUACAGAACUAGAACAAAUCAUCUUAAAAUUUGUAUGGAGACACAGAAGACCCCGAAUAGCCAAAGCAGUCUUGAGGGAAAAAGACGGAGCUGGAGGAAUCAGACUCCCUGACUUCAGACUAUACUACAAAGCUACAGUAAUCAAGACAAUAUGGUACUGGCACAAAAACAGAAACAUAGAUCAAUGGAACAAGAUAGAAAGCCCAGAGAUAAACCCACGCACCCAUGGUUAACUAAUCUAUGACAAAGGAGGCAAAGAUAUGCAAUGGAGAAAAGACAGUCUCUUCAAUAAGUGGUGCUGGGAAAACUGGACAGCUACAU